UGAAUAAGGCAUUUCACGGCUGAGCUGUUAAAGCGCAUAAGGGGCCUACAAACAGUAUCUAGUCUGGAACAUGAACUGGGUAUAUAUGCUUUAAAUCGAAGAUGCUCUGCGCCCUGUUAGCGGUCCUCUGCGUUCUGCUGGCUACUGAAAGUGCGCAUUGUGCCAUCAGCAAGUGCACAGCCAGCGCGUGUUUCAGUCUCCACACAGAAAAGGUAGAGUUUCAAAAAGCCGUCGCCAAUUGCUACGACAACGGCGGAUACUUGAUCACAGUAAGAGACAACAAUGAUUUGGAAGUUUUGAAGUCACUUCUCGCGUUAGCCGGGAAGCGUUCAGCUCGUGAAAAAGUUUGGAUAGGACUGAAGCUUUCUAAAGGGAGCUGUGUGCUCAGUGACGAGGUCCUGCACGGCUUCAGAUGGAUCUCUGGCGCGCCGGAUUCCUCCUAUUCCAACUGGAAAAAGGAACCAAUGAGCACUUGUACUGAAGAGCGCUGCGUUUCUCUCUCUACUUCAACCAAGGAUCUUAAAUGGAGCGAUGGAUCUUGUAAAGCGCACGGACAUUAUAUGUGUGUGUAUUAUUUUAGGGGCAUGUGCAAACCUUUGUUAUUUGCAGGACCAGGAGAGGUUAAUUACACACUUCCAUUUUUAAACGUGCCAAUUAAACAAGAUGGCGAUUUGGAUAUGUUACCUCAUGCAACAUACGCUGAGAUAGCUUGUGCUUAUGACAGUGAUAUGAAAACUUCUUCGGUAUGUGAAGAAAAAGGGGCUCAAUUCGUCUGGGAAAAGCCCGGACCAUUUUGCGCCUCGGAUCUGCGAGAUUGCAAGAACAGAAACGGGGGAUGUGAUCAGCUUUGCUUCGAGGAUAAAACCGGAGUGCGUUGUGAAUGUAAGAAGGACUAUUACCUCGGCGACGAUAAAGUAACAUGUUUCCUUAAAGACCCCUGCCGCAAUUCACCCUGCAAACACAAGUGCACGCCAAAUCCGACUGGGUUCGUGUGCACGUGUCUAGACGGCUUUGAUCUUUCCGAAGACAACGUCAGCUGCGGUGAUGUUGACGAAUGUACCCAAGACAUUUGUAACGGUCAUAUAUGUCACAAUAAACAAGGGGGUUAUGAAUGUGAAUGCAAGAAAGGCUUUAAGGAAGUUAAUGGUAUGUGCCAGGACAUAGACGAAUGCGCAGAAUCGGUGUGCGCACAUCGCGCAAAGUGUCUCAAUUCCGAGGGUUCGUUUUCUUGCUACUGCUCUCCUGGCUUUAGAAAGAAUGAAGAUCAGUGUGUAGAUGUGGACGAAUGUCUGAGUCGGCCCUGUGAAGGUAUAUGCAGCAAUACGGACGGCAGCUACACGUGUUCUUGUAGCCCAGGCUUCCGCUUAGCUAAGAACGGCAUCAGUUGUGUUCCAGACCAAACGCGCGCACGUCAUUCUGAAAUAUUGUUAACUACAAGAUUUGAUCAGCUGGGAAUAACCACCGUCACGCCACGUUUAAACACCGACACAACUGCGGAAUCGCAUAAAAGCGUGCGCAAAGAUGGCUCCAUUGUCGGUUCUUGGAUAUUGGUGUAUGCCUUGAGCUCAAUAAUCCCCUUAGUCCUCCUGAUUACACUCACUGUGGUUAUUGUUAUUCACCGAUGGAAUCGCUCACGCAAAGACGCUAAGAAGAAAAGCGCCACUGCAGACAGCUACUGCUGGGUAUCUUCUGGAUACACAAAUCACUUAGAAACGCAGAGGAACCGAAUCUACUGACAGCGCUAAACUUAUUAUAAUGGACAACAUUAGACCAGAAAAAACUUCACUGUUGUUUUGAUUUUGCUUUUCAUACACACUGUCACUUGUACUUUGAAUUCUUUAUAUAUAUAAUCAAUAAGACAUUUGAUACAAGAUAUUCUUAAUGCCUCAGUGAACUGAAUCAGACCAACUCGCCUUUCAUGAAUAACGCUUUAUAACCUGUUAUGGCCUAAUGACAUUGUAUGAAGUGCCCCAAAACACAUUACAGAAACUUAAUAUAUGUAUACAAAUGUAUGUUUAUGCAUUUGUUUAUACAAAUGUAUAAACAUACUCUCUCUCUCUCUCUCUCUCUCUCUCUCUCUCUCUCUCUCACACACACACACACACACGCACGCACGCACGCACGCACACACAGAAAUGACCCCUAGUGGUUCUCUAGGGACCUUUCACAACAGGGAGCCAGUUAUCAUUUUAAUUGAGUUUACUAUAAACUAGCCUACCAUCCACUUUAAUUAAGGCUAUAAAGUUACACUCUUACACAAUCAUUCAGUGGUGUUUGAGCUUACUUAAUAGUUCUACCUUAAACUUGUUUUUAUACACAUUUACUCAUUUACAAGGCUUUCUAUAGACCUUUUAGGUAUUCCCACAGAGUUCCUGAUGAAUCCUGUGAUUAAUAUAGCUGUAGGUUUUUAUUGAAUAUUAUACAGUAGUUAGAAGCUUAACUAGCCAAUCACAGUAAUUAAAUGGGUUUCACAUUAUACAACUAAAAAACAUACUAAAUGAUUUAAGUCUAUGCUUGAACACAUUGUAACAAGUUGAGGUUAAAUUGUGUUAAGUUCAGCAUUCAACAAUCUGUAAUUGGUCAAAGCAAUGUGCUUAAUAGUUAAUAAAUUAAUACUGAAACAAAUCUGAGCCUUAAUAAUAAAUGGUCUGUGAUUUUGUUUUCUGUAGGAGUUCAUGUUUUAUUUACAGUAUAUAAACUUUUCACAUGUUUAUAUUAGUGAUGAACAUUGGAAUUGCCACUAUAGUUAUAUCAAUUAUUCAUGAACCAUAUUCUUUUCACAUGUUACAGAAUGGCUGUAUCACUAUUUUCUGUUUUAAUGUAUGAAUAUAUAAAUAGGGCACAUGUGUUUUUUGUGUUAUUGACCAGUAACAAACUGCCACCAACUAAUCUUCAUUGCAAAAUAAAAUCUUUUUUACCUUUGAAUUUUAAGGUAGAGUGGUAAAAUAAUUUAGGUCAUUUUUUAAAAUAUACUUGAGCCAAACAACAAUUAAAAGUAUAAAAGUAAUCAAAAUACUGUAUCAUAAAAUGUAAACACUGUUGAGUAGAUCUACCCUCAUAACCCAAGAUUUUUGGAGCAGGGAAUAAAAUAACAAAAUUCAACUCAAAAGCCCGGCACAGUUAUUUAUGUUAUAGGCAUCAAAGACACAUUGUCUGCACUUCCACAUUUCUUUGGUAUAAAAAAAUUCUUCGUUUGGAUUUGCAGCUUCUGGGCAGUGGGUGUUGGUCGUAUGACUGUAUUCUAACAAGGAAAGGUUGAGCCGCAUAUGACAUGUUGAGGAGGGGUUUCCUUCUUUUUUCAAGGUUUAUUAAGGUGCCUAAGGUUCUGUACCUCAGCAUUUCGGCUCAGACUUGUGACCAGUCUCUAUACAAUAAAUUUGCUAGAGAAUGGAUUCCUACAGAGCAGUCAUCUCGUUUAUUAUUUUAAUCUCCUUUCAUGUGGGACAAACACUACGCUGUGCAUACAAAGAAGAUGCAAGAACUUGCACAUGCAUUCAUGAAAUGCAAGCCACCUUCAGAACAGCCGAAAAGAUCUGCAUGGAAAAUGGAGGUAAAUUACUAACCCCAUCGAGUAAAAGUAUCGACAGCUUACUUUUCAACAAAGAUGGACAUUUCUGGAUUGGAACAGAAGGUAAUUGUUUAAGCAGAAGCAGAAAUUCUCGAGGUGAUUCUGUGACUCUGAACAGAGGAAGCGAAGAUGCAGCGUGUUCCUCAAAGUGCAUGCUGGUUUCUAGUAACAGGAAUUUAACUGAGCGCUCGUGCGAGGAACAAGCUGAUGGCUUUAUGUGUGACAGCGUUCAGUGGGAAAACUGCUGGGAGAAUACACCAACUGAAGUGCAAAUUCUGAAAAACGAGGACUGUCUACUUAGUCCCUGUGAACACCAGUGUACUGUGGUUCCUGGUGGUUACAUGUGUUCCUGCUUUCUACUUUUCAGGAUAACCAGGAAAAAUCCUGAACAUUGUGAGUACUUAUGCGACUCUGAAUCCUGCCCACGUUGCCCCAAGUGCAAGUGUCCUAAAGGCUUUCUCAAAGACGAGACACGUUGCACAGAUUUAGAUGAGUGCACGUCUAAUUACCACAACUGUGAACAAAAAUGCAUGAACACAAUUGGAAGUUACAAGUGUUCUUGUGAUGAAGGAUUCAAGCUGGUAAACAAAUCAAAAUGUGUUGGUCUUAUGUAUGAAACUGCCACGUUUGUUACACCUUCUGUAAAUUACACGUCAAGUCAUGCAACUUUUGCGACUCCAGUGGAGUAUAUAGGUCUUAUACUGUUUAUCCUUCUGGCCAUAUCUGCUGUGGUAGGACUUCUGUAUUAUUUGAGAAAAAACAAAUCUGAUUUACUUCUAAAAGACAACGAUGCUCCAGAUGAAAUCACGGUUCAAGAAGCACAGUUACAGCUGUAAAACUUCUUCUUGUAUUCAAGACCUGUAAUAAUUUCUUGUGUGACAUUUGAUUUUUAGCUAAUUUAAAUUAUGUGUUGAAGUAAUAUUAUUGUUUUAUUGUUUUAUAAUUGUAUUAUUAUAUCGGUACCAUUUAUGAGCUCAUAUCAGUGUAAACAGUUAUUGCUAAAAAUGGUGGUAAGAUUAAAACUAUUUACAUACCUAUUUAUAUACAAGAUUUCUGUAGUCUGAAUGAUUCUUCUGUGAUAACAAAAAUGUGUGGUAAUAUUUCUGUCAUAUAUUUCUGUCAUACUACCAAAGUGCCCAGAUAUCAUAUUUGAGUUACAGUAAAACACUCUUUAUUGGGAAAUGAAGCCAAAGUCACCCAUAUGAAUUAACUAUGUUCAAAAGUGGCAUAUAUUAUGCGUACUUAAUUAUCAGACUACUUGGGUAUUAAAACAAAUUGCAGGAGGAUCCAGGAUGCCACUGUUAUGCCAACAAUAAUGUGUUUUUAUAUUAGUAGAACUGUACACAAUAAAGACACACAUUAUAUGUA